UGUUCCGGGAUGCAUGUUGCGGCUUUUCGCGAUCCUCUCCUCCGUGGCGUCGGAUUUCAGUGCGCUGGGCCGUGAGACUGCUCUGAGCGGCUGCGAGAUGCUGGACGAUGCCGUCAGAAGCUUGACGCCAGCCUCUGCUUUUCUCCCCAAAUCCCUCGCUGGCCGCACGGCGUUGCAACUCGCAUCCUGCCCAGCGCCGAGCCACUACGCCGCAACCUGGUGUUGCAGGGCUCCACCCGCACAUGCCGCUUCCGGCCCUUCUAUUUCGAGACCAACUGCUUUUCUAAUUCGGGCCCACUUGGCCUCCACUUAACCUUAAUCCACACCUCAAAC